AGGAAGUUGAGAAGACGUGAAACAAUAACACACUCGCUCCUGAACAGGGAAAGCACAAGCGCCAAAGGGUGUUUGCAUAGACUGAGUUGCAGUUAAUUUUACACUGUUUAGGUUUUUCAACUAGAAUUCUGAAAGCAUUGGAAUCUAUUAAUUCAGAUGUAUUGAUUUUUCUGAGGUGAUAACUUUGAUAUAUUGUUUUUCUAUUGUUAUAAGUACUUUUUCAUUGUACUUGCUCUGGUGAUUGGCUGGACAACAUGGACCUCCUCACAGGAAUCCAGGCUGUAGCUGGAGUAGAGACACCAGCAAAGUUCCUGAAAAUGUAGAGGGUCGUGGUUUAUUUUGAAAUCUGAGCAGGUUAUAGGUUCAAUAACAUCAGAACUAUAUGUUUUUAGCUAUUUUUUUUGUUUUCAAGCAGCUGUUCAUUUCUGGAAUGUUGAAUGUCUCUAAUGUCAAAUGGUUUUUCUUUAUAUUUGUAUGAUCUUUGUCAUACGGAAAUACUUCAUGCAGAGAAAGCUACAGAUGUGUCAGUUUUAGGAGGUGCCUGAGCCACCUCUGAAUGGAAUUGUAGGAAGAUGUGAGAUGGAGCUACAUUUUGGGAUUCACUUCUUAAUAUAAAUUCAGUUCUUAAUAUAAAAGUUUUUAGCUGUUUUAUGAGGAGUGGUGCGUUCUGUAGAGGCAGAGCAUCCAUAUAUUUAGACUCUAGCUGUCUCUCAUUACAAGUUAUAAUUGAGGUGAAGUAUUUUACUGAAGAAUUAAAUUCACCCUUGGCUUGAACCUGUUUUCGUCUCAAUGAAAGCCAUUAGUUGCAUGAACUACCCUGUCCUUGCUCAUCAGCGACAGUUUAUUAGUUGCUUCAUCAUCACUGCUGCUUCUUAUUUAUCCUAUUUUUUGCAGUUCAUAGACAAGGUGCUCUAUAUGGGAGUGCUGUGUGCAUAGUGAUGGUGGAAUAGAGGUGGCUUGAGGACAGAAAAUACGGCUUGUGAGGGACACUAUGACAUUUAGUAGAUGGCAGGUAGUGGGAGAGCAAGUGAACCAAGCAAACUUCUGAUCAUGUAGUCUGUAGCUGAUGGUUUGAUUGAGUUGGAGUAUCAGGACAUGGGCUUUUAUCAGCCCUUUAGGUGAAGGCUAUUUAAUUUUUGCUUGUCCCUUAAGAACAGCUUGAUGACUUCAUUCACAACUAUUUGCACUUAUUCAGCAAGUAUUUGUUCUGCCAUACGACACCUCCUGAGAGCGUCCUGCUUUGGGGGUGCCUUCUGUUAUACAUCAUGCUGCGUUGUCCAACAAGGCUCAAAAUCACCGCUGCUGAGAAGUUUAAUGCUCUCAACCCAAAUAUUCUGGACCAAAAAUCUGUUAAUCGUGAUUGCAACUAUUUAAACAUUUGUCAUAACUUCAUGAAGUGAGUAAUUCCAUGUCGUGAUACCUCAGAGAUCAAAGGGGCUCUCCUAGGGGCUGCAUUUAGCAGUGGGGGAACAGAAGUCUCUUGGGAGACAGAAGAAAAAUCAGUAAACUCUGAAGGAGAAGCUGCCGAUCGCUUCGUGACUGACGGGAGUCUGGGAGGUAGAUGCUGAGCAGGUUUUAUUUGUCUUGAGAAUAUUUACAUAGGGCUGAUCCGCUGUUCUUGAAGGAACUUGAUCACAGGCAAGACUUAGUAUUAAAUACAGUGCCUUAUUCUAGCAGUCUCUAACCUAUAAAUGUUUGAAUUCUUCUGUCUUAAUGGGCUUUCUGCAGGUUUUUUUGGUGGAAAUCUGACUAAUAUUCCUCAGAGAGAUUGUAUAACAGAAGCAAGGUUGGAAAGAUAUAAUUCGGCAAGACCUUGUGCUGCGGAAGAUCAGAUGAAUUUUUUCCCUUCUGGUCUUGCAGCAAAGCUUUCAGUACUGUGGUAUCUUCAUAGGAGAAGAGGCCUGAAAGGUUCCAAAAGAUCAUCUUGACCCUUUGCAUCAAAGCAUCAUCACUAUUGCUGGAUGAUUCUUGCGAGAUGAAUUUUUUCCCCUUUAGCUCCUAAUAUAGGCGGCAACGUGACUUCUUAGGCUGGUGCUUCUGUCAAUGGGUGGACAUUUGUGGCCCUGUCAAUGGGUAGAAGUUGCCUUGUUUGUGACAACACGAUAUUUGUAAUUUGUGCUCGGUCUGUCUUUCUCUCUCCCCCAAAUCCUUAUCUACAGCACAGCUGCUCAGCACUUGUUUCUAUAUUUGUGCAGGUGGUUUUCUUCCUCUGAACAAAACUUGACCUUGGGGAAUAGUACAGCAUUUUUUAAUCACUUCUCCAGUUUCAUUAAUUCCUCCCCCAAAAGCUUCCCUGUGCAGGCUCUUUUUUUGUGAGAAUAUGCCUUUUUUGUGGGAGUAGCAGAAAUUAUAGGACUUUUCUUUCCAUAUGGCACUAAUACUGAGACUUCGUUGUCAGGUCUCUCAUUUUUUUGCAAGCUCCUAAGCUGGAAGGGGAAAAGUGACUGUAGUUCAGUUGGCUUUAAAAAUGUCCUUUAUAACUGCUAAUUAUGCAUACUUUUACUUUUUUGCAGUAUUUCUCAUUGCUGGCAAUUCUAUUAGAGUUAAUUAUCGUUAUAGAAGACUUUGUUUUGGCAUGUUUUCUGGGAGAAACGUUAUUUUGUGACUGUUUCCCUGAACAAAUAGUUCUGUUUUUCUCACGGGGCCUUUGCUAAGGGUUUCUCCAAAUGAGGAAAAAAACAGCAAAUAAGCAGAUUUUCAUCUCUUUAGCUGUAUCACCCUACUCCUGGCUAUCUGUAUUUAGACCGCCUUCCUGUUUGUUCCUCCUCCCCUUGAUAUUUUUACAACGCGUUGUCUGAUUUCAGCCACACGUUAGAGGUGGAGCUUUUAAGAUAACAAAAUUCUGCCAGGUUUCGUACAAACAGGUGGGCAGUGUGGAAGGAGAUAAGCACAAGUGACCUGACCAGAAGAAAGGAUCUGGCCACGACAACUGUAAAUUUGGGAAGACGAUUUUUCUCUUUCUGUGUUAACACCCAGAAAGUUCUUAAACAAAAUCCAUACCAGCCUCAGGCUUAAACAAGGGAAGGCAUAAUGCGUUUGUCUUGUCUUGUAGUGCAUUCAGUGACUUUUAUUUUGAGUUCUUGGAGUGUUGCUAAAGGCAAUACAAGGUUAAGCAAGUCAUCAUUUAGUCUUUUGUACUCCUACCCAUCAUAUCUAGCAAAGCAGACUCAGAAAACCAACAGGCAACUGUAUGGAAGGUGAUUUUGCCGUAGGAAGGCUCACUUUGGCAAUAGGAGUUGGUAGCACUUUCAUCUGAAGACCGUACAGUGGUGGCACAAGUGUCUGUGAGUUUGUAUAGCUUUUGGGUAGACACUUGAUGUUACGGGUGGCUUUCUCUCUGGGUGUUGUGAAUCUAUGGGUUCAUAGCCAUCUCCAGCUCUCUGGGUGCAUUUUAAGCAGACCUAAACCAGCCCCGAACAUCUCACCAUGGCUCCCCGGCGAUGCUGGUUUGUGGGCAGAGGCAGCUCUGAUGUUUCUGCUCCAAGAAGGUCUCACAUCUGGGAGAUUCUGGUUAGAAGCCUGAAGAUCUGAUGAUUUAUGUGUAUAUAUAUAUUUUCUACCUUCAUUCCUGUCACCCACCCCACCGCUGAAGAUCAGGACAUUCAGAAAAGGAAUACAUGCCUAUGGGGUUGGAAUAGUGGAUCAAAGAUCUCAUGGAUUUUAGGCCUUGACAAUAAAAUGUGCCUCUAGCCAUCUUAUCCAUGCAAAUAUUUACCCAGGCUUUCUCCUGUUAGAGAAUCGUUUGCUCUUUCACUUCACCUGUUUAUUCAUCCAGGUAGAAAAUUUUCAUGUACCUCCGAGUGUGUGCCGAGUAGAUUUAUAAACGGCCUUAUUGGUGUAUAAUUAUGAAAUCAGCCUUUGAGUCACUUUUGUCUCUUUUUUUAAUUUCCUGCUUUUGCUAGGGGAAUAUGCCACAAGAAGCGUUUGGCAUUUGCUUUGAUUUUCUGGCCACCAUCAGAGACAGGACACUGGGACGGCUCCUCUCCAAUCACAGGUUGGAUACUGGGAUUUUUGGCCAAGUUCAACCCCAAGUUACCAAGGCCUCUAAAUAGCAAACGUAUGCUAUUUUUGAAUAUUGGCAUGAUAUUGUUAUUCUCAGUCUUCUGUGAUUUUACUAUUUUUCCAGUUUAUUAAAAUCAAAGGUCAUAGGAUUGGAGAACUUGUUAAAUUAGUAUUUCAGGACUGGGCUCAAAUUAAUACGACGUGCCAACUUGAAACGUCACGCCUAGCAGAUGCUGUAUAACAUUCCUAUUAGUUACUAAUUGGCUUGAAAGUACUUAAUUAUCUUGUCUUCCUCGAAUAUGGUGAACAGAUAUUUUUUGAACACUUGUAGCUUUUCUUUUGCACCCAUUGCACCCAUUUCACGUGCUCUGUCUCCUAAGGGCCUAGUUACUCAGUUACUUGUACACCCUUUCAGAAAUCCUGCUACCUGUGAACUUUACACUGUGGCCCCUUUUGAACUUUGGAUUUUUAAUAUCUCAUUGUACUUUGUACGUUUUUCCCCUAUUUUCACAUUAAUACCGAACUAAACUUGAGCAUCUGAUACUUCACAGAGUUCCCUGCUUGGACCAUUUUUUUUGUCUAAAUGAGAAGCAGGAAAAUCAUUUCUCUUUCUCAACUUAUUUACCACCGACGCAUGAAAGUAGCUGUGUCCUGGCUAGUGUUAAAAUGUGGAACCGGUUGUAACCUGUUUUCUCAUGCUGUUAUUUGGCUACCAAUGUAAUCUUGUAACGGCCGUCCGUUUUAGGCCACUGAUUGUUUUUUCUUUUUCGGAAUGCGAUAAGGUGGUUAUGUUACAUUAAAUUUAGGACCUUUGUGUUUGAAAGUGUUAACCUGAGCUGUUGAAACAGAUAAAAUGGUGUGUUGGUGUGCCAAAGCAAGUCACAAGAGAAGAAAAUCUUAAAUUGUACGUGCAAGCUCUUUUCCUAUGCUGGAGUCUUCCUGGGAUUUUAUUCCCACCUGUUUUCCCUGCUUGCUUGUUUGUUUUAGUCACUGCAAUUAACCCUUGGAAACCUCUGAAAAUUACUUCCCUUUCUGUUUUGAUUUUGACUUUUCUCACUCUAUAGCCAUUUUCCUUCUUUUUCUUCCACUUCUUGCAUGCGGUGCUGUGCUCCCCCUUCUAGUUCCUGAGUUUAGCCCUUUUUGCUUUAGGCUAAGAGAGUAAAUUACCAGUUCUUGUUUCUGUUUUGAAAGUGCCAGGGACAUCUGGAACCUGUUGUUUUCAUCCCAGGGUGGGGACAAGAACUGGGCUUUGAAUGAUAAUACUUAAUACUUCUGUUCCCUCCACACAAGGUGGUAUCAGUGGUGCUGGCUCACGUGGUAGCACAACAUCUUUGCUUUCUAAACCCAGAUCUGCAUCACUGUUACAUGCAGUCCCAGUUUAUUUUGGGAUGUUCCCCAGUUUCCAUAAGGAAAAGUGGGAUUCUCUCAAGAUGUGCUUCACCAGAGGAAGUUUUGGGACGUGCUCUUUUGGCGUAAUUGCUUCCUACUUGCUAGGAAACUGGGUGGGGAAAAUAUGAAAAUCCUGGCUCUUAAUAAUUGGGAAGCUACAAGUUGUUCAGAAGGACUUUUAGAAACCAAAUUGAUGAAUUCUGUUAAACCAAGAAGGUGUAAUUGCAUAGUUACAGCCUAGAUUUUCCUCCAUACCUUGGCCUUAAUUCCCUUUGCUCCUUCCCUCCUAUUUUAAAGAUGCAAAACUUGUGUUCUUCCCCCGUCCAGGUCCAAUUUAAUCAUAAAUGCCAUUGCGUGCGUUCCCUGGGAUAUCGCCAUCUCUUUAGGUGUCCAAAAUGCUGCCCCGUGCCCUUGCAUCUGGUACCGCAGAAUUAAGCGUAUUCACUGGCAUGGGAUUAAAAAUGGAAUGAAAAUGGCUGGUAGGCUGCGAUACACGGACAUCCUGGCCGCUGUUCCUUACGGACCCGCAAGUGCGAAACUGUGCGUGCUCCGGUUUUUGUUUCUGAACGUCUCUGACGUUGUGAGCUUGCGUGCCCGCUGCUGGCAAUAUUUGAUGCGAGUUGAAUGCGUGAUUUUGUUAGUCCUCCUAUUUUCAUUUUUUUGGUGCUUUUGCAUCACUAAUCAUAUACAAGCCUCCUAUUGUUCUCCCCGCAGCUUCCUCCCAGUACGUGCUUAUAUUGAGUUAUUUUUCAUAGUAGCUCCCAGGGUUUGUCAUCCCGAGAGAAGCCAGAGGGACGACAAACUCCUUUUCUGAUUCACGUAACAGAUGGCUGUCAUUCGAUACGCCGUUGUUACCCAAGCCGCGCGGAGGGGCAGAAACCCGCCGGAGCGACGACCCGAAGGCGUUGGAGGAUGUCUUCCCCGCCGAACGGCAGCGCCGGCGAUGCCAUUUUACCCCGCAGCUUCGCUUUGCUUCGCUCCCCAACAAAUUCCUUCCAGCCUCCCGUCUCUCCGUGCACGGCACGCUGGGCGCUGCGGUGCCCAGAUCCGGAUUGGCCGCCCCCUGCUCCCCUGUGCCGGUGCGCGGCCCCGGCCGGCGCCGCCGAAUCGCCAAACAGCCCCUUUUCCAUCCAUUCAUGAAUCCGUGACGUCAGCACGCUCCUGGGCUUCUUUGCAGCAGGCUGCGGGAUCGGGGGGGUGGAAUUUCCUUUUAUUUUGCAACACUUCCUUUUAUUUUUUUUUGCCUUCCAUCUUUUUAAAACAAGAAAAUGGAGCAUCACAUAGAGAACCUUAAUCCUCAUCUGCUAAGUGGCUUAUCUCCAGUGGAUCAGAAAAUUGAGUAAUGAUUUAUUUGCACAUCUCUUCAUAGGUACUGGGUCCCCGUGUCACAUCUGAAUCAUGUUGUACUAAUUCUCUAAGUACCGACUCCGACCAUCUCCUUGAUGCACACUCACGGCAUCAUGGCCAGCACUCAGGAGCGCCUGAGCUUGUCUUCCUCUCCAAACUCAAUGGGCAAAGCUUUCUGUGAAGAUAAAGACUUUAGUAGGUUACACGAUGAACCUACUGGGAACCACCUGUCCCCCGAGCUCAUAGAGGACGUGCGCGAGAAGGGCUUGCUGCAGACGGACCUCAUGGAGAACGUGAGCAGCCCGGUGACGGCCGCCGUGCUGACCAGCAUCAGCGAGGACUCCAGGGACCAGUUUGAGAACAGCGUGCUGCAGCUGCGGGAGCAGGACGAGUCGGAAACAGCCAUUCCUCAGGGCAACAGGAGCGCUAUGGACGGGGAGAGCAACGGCGGGGCGGAUGACGUUAAAGUCCAGUUCAACCGGUCGGGCAGUGGGAGCGGUGGGUUUCUUGAGGGACUUUUCGGUUGUCUGAGGCCUGUGUGGAACAUCAUAGGCAAGGCUUACUCCACAGACUACAAACUGCAGCAGCAAGAUACGUGGGAGGUGCCGUUCGAGGAGAUCUCGGAGCUGCAGUGGCUGGGCAGCGGCGCGCAGGGAGCCGUGUUCCUGGGCAAGUUCCGCGCCGAGGAGGUGGCCAUCAAGAAAGUGAGGGAUCAGAAUGAAACCGACAUCAAGCACCUGCGGAAGCUCAAGCACCCAAACAUCAUCGCCUUCAAGGGAGUUUGCACGCAAGCCCCGUGCUACUGCAUCAUCAUGGAGUACUGCGCGCACGGGCAGCUCUACGAAGUGCUGCGAGCGGGGCGGAAAGUCACCCCGCGGCUGCUGGUGGACUGGUCCACUGGGAUUGCCAGCGGCAUGAAUUACCUGCACCUUCACAAAAUCAUCCAUCGCGACCUCAAGUCACCAAAUGUUUUAGUUACGCACACAGAUGCAGUAAAAAUUUCGGAUUUUGGUACAUCUAAAGAGCUCAGCGAUAAAAGUACCAAAAUGUCUUUUGCGGGAACUGUGGCUUGGAUGGCCCCGGAGGUGAUACGCAAUGAGCCUGUCUCUGAAAAGGUGGAUAUCUGGUCAUUUGGGGUCGUUUUGUGGGAGUUGCUCACCGGAGAGAUUCCAUACAAAGAUGUGGACUCUUCGGCCAUCAUUUGGGGAGUGGGCAGCAACAGCCUCCACCUUCCCGUCCCUUCUACCUGCCCCGAUGGCUUCAAAAUCCUCAUGAAGCAGACCUGGCAGAGCAAACCCCGGAACCGUCCCUCUUUCCGGCAGACACUGAUGCACCUGGAUAUCGCAUCUGCUGACGUGCUGGCCACUCCUCAGGAAACCUAUUUCAAAUCCCAGGCUGAAUGGAGAGAAGAAGUGAAGAAGCACUUUGAGAAAAUUAAAAGUGAAGGAACUUGUAUCCACCGGCUAGAUGAAGAAUUGAUUCGGCGUCGAAGAGAAGAGCUGAGACAUGCACUGGAUAUCCGCGAACACUAUGAGAGGAAGCUGGAGCGAGCCAACAACUUGUACAUGGAGCUCAGCGCGAUCAUGCUGCAGCUGGAGGUCCGAGAGAAGGAGCUCAUCAAGAGGGAACAAGCAGUGGAAAAGAAAUACCCCGGGACUUACAAACGCCACCCGGUCAGACCAAUAAUCCACCCCAACACAGUGGAGAAGCUGAUGAAGAGGAAAGGGGUCUCCCAUAAACCAGGCAGCCAGACUAAACGGCCAGAUCUGCUCAAGUCAGAGGGCAUACCCAGCACAGAAGCAGCAUCCAACAGCUCCCCAGUCUCAGGAAGUCCCAAAAUGUCGACGCCGAGUGGCAAAACCCGCUACCGCAGCAAGCCCCGCCACCGCCGAGGGAACAGCAAAGGCAGCUACAACGAUUUCGCAGGGAUCUUGAAAAACCAGCCAGCACAGGACGAUGCAUCCCCGCCUCCACCUCCUAAUCAUUCUCAUCACCCCGGUGUACCGCAGCAGCAUCCCCACGGCCAUCACUCGCGGCUCCAUGCCCAUGGACAAGAUAUCGCCAACUGCGCAAACAACUUACGGUACUUUGGCCCCGCAGCCGCGCUGCGGAGCCCCCUCAGUAACCACGCGCAGAGGCGGAUGUCGGGGUCCAGCCCCGAUCUCAUCUCCGCCGCCAUGGAAGCGGAUUGCCGGCGCAGCCUGGAGAGCGAAGAGAGCAAAGCCGAUCGUUGGGAGUGUUGUGAAACAGAUCCGUACAACUCCUGCCUGCAGUGCAGGGAAGAGGACAGUGGUCAGGUACAGAUGUCGUCUGUUGAGACGGGGAUGAGCCAUUCUCAGUCGCCAGCGCCCGCUUCCCUGUAUGAAAACGCGCAGUUCAUUGAGAAGCUGGAGGAGGAGGAAGCGUUUGGCACGGCAGCGGCUGCGCUCGGCUCUCCCCAGCACGGGGCUUCCUCAGUGCUGCCUUGCAAAGCAAGACCCCUUCAAAAGAGCGGUGACGACUCUUCGGAGGAGGAAGAGGGCGAAGUAGACAGUGAAGUGGAGUUUCCUCGUAGGCAAAGACCUCACCGCUGCAUCAGUAGCUGCCAGUCCUACUCAACCUUCAGCUCGGAGAACUUCUCCGUGUCUGAUGGAGAGGAGGGGAACACGAGUGACCAUUCAAACAGCCCAGAUGAGCUGGCGGCCAAGCUGGAAGAUGAGCUGGCUGAGAAGCUGGAGGACAUGCUGUCCCAGACUCCAGAGAUCCCCAUUGAAAUCUCCACCCAGUCUGACGGGCUUUCAGACAAAGAGUGUGCUGUGCGGAGAGUCAAGACUCAGAUGUCUCUGGGCAAGCUUUGUGCGGAUGAACACAGCUGCGAGAACCCAGCACAGUUUGGAGAAUCAGACUGUGACUCUUCUGAAGGGGAGUGUUCUGAUGCCACGGUCAGGACCAAUAAGCCCUGCAGCUCUGCUACUUGGAAGAGAAGAUGCUUCUCCUCCCCACCCCAGGAGUGAUUUGCAAUAACCCGAAUCUCUGGAAAAUGUCCAAAUGAAAUUAAUUCUCUUUGAGCAUUUCAAUCAAGAAUGGCAGGGAUGUAUUUUAUUGAAUAAUCUAGUUACUGUAACAUGGAUAUUUAUUUUUUUGACAUUUUAACACUUUUUACUGUAAAGAGUGGAUUGUAUUUAUAGACACACAGACUUGUUGCAAAAAAACAAAACAAAACAAAAAAAAAGUUCAGAAAGCAAGCACAUAACAGAGAAACAUCCUGGGAGUCCUGCCUGGACAGCUUUGUGUACGAACGCGGGGGAUUCUCUUGCUGCUUUCGCAGGGGACCAGGCCUCAUGGCCCUGAAGAUUGGAGAACAGAUCAAGAACACUAAACCACUCAGUCUUAGCAAACGAGGAAGCAUAAAAAGACCUUGCUACAGGGUAACCUGUGAACAAAGCAUAUUCAGUAGAGCCAGCUGGGUCGUUUUUAAUCAGAAGGUGGACAUGUUCCUGGAGAGAACUGGUACUGAGGUGCUAACAUCCAGGGUCUUCUGAGUCGAUACAUCCCCAGGAAUGUAAUAGUGGGUUUUAUUUUAAGGAUUUUUAGUUUCUUUUUUUUUAAUCAGCAUUUUGUUGUGAGAUCCUGCAAAUUUAUUCUAACCUCGUCCUCUCGAGAAUUGGUAUAAGAGCACUUGUUAACAUCAUCCUUGCUUCACUCGAUCUCCAGUUGACCAGGGAAACCUCUUCCAGACGCAGUGUGCCAUUUCCCAGGUUACUUCCUCCUCUUACCUCCUGCUUCAGUCAGUCAAAGAAAUCAAUCAAGUCAGCGUUGGAAAAGCAAGAACUUGAAUGUUCUGCAGAGCCCGAGCGCUCUUCUGGGGAGGAACCUGGAGAUGCCUGUACUGGAUGUGGAGCAGCAGUCUCUCACCUACCACAGCACCGAAAACCAGCAGAGAGCUGUGUGGUGAGGGGGAAGACUGGGAAUCACUGGCCCGGAUAAGAGCAUCAGCGCCACUCCGUCUCCUUAUUCCCUGUGCGUUCUCGAAGGCGUUAGCAGCUGCCUGCCCUUCACGUCAGGCUUUGUGCAAAGCAGGUGGGUGGCCACGGCACAGCCGUGUCUUGGGUGGACCCCAAACCCGCUGCUCCUCCUUCGAGCCGAAACUCUGCAGGUGAAAGCGAGGACAGGACUGGUACGUGACAGGCCGAGGCAUUGGCAGAUGAGAAAAAGUUGUUUUCUGAUAGAACUCAUAGUGCCUUCCCUUCAAACACUACUCUUCUAAAUCAAUAUUUAAAGAGAACAAAACUAUAGAGCACGUUUCCCCCAGCCCCACCCCUUAGUUGCGUCCCCCUGCGAGAGCUUUCCCUGUCCCUUCCCGGUGUGGAAGAUGAACGGCAGGAAUGGACCAUGGACAGGUACUUCUGUUGCUUCUUUUGUUUACAUUUUAUGUUAAAAUAUUGCUUUGAAUUUAACUGUGGUAAUUUAUAGCCUCACGGCAAAAUGAAGGAAGAUGUCUUAUACAGAGAGCAGUAUUGUAAUGAAUUAAAUUAUCCCAUAUUUUUAAAUUUUUGUAGCUGGACUACACACAGAUCUUAAGUUAUGAUGUUGUUUUAUUAUUUAUUAUCAUUUCUGUAGAUCAGAAGGUUGGCUUCACCGCUAGCACAGCUGUAAUCUGUUUGUGUGACAUUCCCAUCUCCCUGCUCGCUGCGGGGUGGGAGCAGAGCUGGGCUCAGCCGCUGUCGGGAGUCGCUGCCUCUCGUGAUUUCCAAGUUGCACCAGGGCAGAGAACCUGUCAGGGCUGGUCCAAGAGGGGUGGGUGCUCUCAGCCCCUGGGAUGUUCCUUGUGGUCCAUGUUGCUAGUGUUGCCGGUAGACCUGGCAGCCCCCAAGCUGGUGGGGAAUGGUGAUCAGGGAGUGAGUGGCUUUGGAAUUGGUCACAAAGUGAAUAAGCCUUACAAGAUCCGCAGGCAAGAGCAUCCAAAAGGACAAGUGGAGAGGAGGGUGGGUGUUCCAGGCAGCGGGUAUGAGAUUGGGGUGGCCAGCAGUGGGUCUGGGUGGUGGGUCACCCAUGCAGGACCAAACAGGCUCCUGGUGAAGGAGCAGCAACGUUCAGCUUUGGGCCGAGGUAGAUGGGAGUGAAGCUCUUUCCUGGCUUGUUUCUUGUUCCCUCGUUCUUCCCCUCUCUCAUUUCUCCUCCCAGAUGUUCUCUGUCUCUUGGCCAGGUGACAGGGUCAGAGGUGGCUUUGCUGUUGUGGUGCAAUGGGGCUUUGGGGUGGAAGAGGUGGUGCAUGUGGUUCCUCAAGAGGCUGGAGGCAUUUAGCAGUAAGCUGUGUGCACCUAGCACACACAAAGAGGAAAACCAAACUAUUGCAUAAAGAGAGGCUGAGAACUACCGUCAAACGUCCCCCACAGCAGAGGAUGCUCAGGCCUGUCAGUCUCCGUGCAGGGAUUUCAAUCUGCCAUGAUUCAGUCCCUAACAAAAAGAUCCCAGAGGGGUUUUGGUAGCUGUGGUUUCUGCAUAGAGCUCCUCCACCAUGUGGUGAAGCUCCUCUGGGCUUGCAGAGAAGCUUAGAAGCUUUGAUGUGAGGGAUUUUGGGACCCAUGAGCUGAUUCCUCCCCGUCCUUGCCCAGGGACACGCUGGCCCGUUCUGGAAAAGCAGACCCGAACUCUCCCAGUUCCCUGCUGUCUAGUUUCUUUACAUGCCCAGGUCACUGCACUGUGUUGCUCCUCCGAACCACUGCCUGCUCUGCAGCAUCCCUCUGGGGCUGCCCCCCUUGUCUAAAUGCAUCCCCCGUACCCAUGGAGAUGUAAUCCAGCCUCCCCCUGCACACGUCUCCUUCCUGGGAUGGUUGCCGUCAGUUCCGCAGGGGGUUAGAUGGGCAUUUUCCUUAGUGAAACCUCCCCAGAACUGCAGACGUGAUCUCCACAUUGCUGCCCCGGCACCUCUGCUGCGGUUCGUGGGGCUGAGAGGUGUAAAUUCCUCCUGGCAGUAACACCACGUUCGCAGGACAGCAGUAAACCGCGGUUCCCUUUGCAGCAUCCCGAGUACCCCGGUGCAGUUCUCGCGGCUGCUGCCAGCUCCUGAACACUAGAUUUUCUCCCAGAGCUGAAUGUUGCCUUCCCCACCGUCGUGUUAAGUAACCAUUUCAUCUUGGGCCCUGUCCAGUAGUGUUCAUCUCUCUCCUCCCUGCUCUGUGGACUCCUGAUACAAACUUGAUUUUUUUUGUAUUGAACAGUGUACAGUGAUGGAAACAAGAAUGACUAUCAAAGCAAACAAUGCAUGGAAUAAAAAGCCAGUGUACUUUAA